AUGUUUAGGAAAACAAAAAUUUUCCGUAAUAAUCUGUCGGUGGCCGCUAACUUCCUGAAAACGUGCUCUCCUUACUUGGUUCAUGCGGAACGCAAUAAGGAGCGAACCAGAGGAAUGUUUACUGUAUCUGUACUGAAGCAAAAGUUCCAUCAAGCUCCUCGACCGUUCAGCAUUCGGCUGGCCAAGGCUCAAGAUGAAAUGCACAUCAUGAGCUUCAUUCGUAAGAAUUUUUUUAAUGAAGAGCCUCUACUGAGAAGUUUGAACGUUACCAGCGCAGUAGCAAAUCCUUGCUUGGAAGCAUAUCUUUUCGAUCACUUGAAAGAUGGAUGCAGCUUAAUCGCUGUUGAACCGGACAACCGAAUAGUGGGCAUCGCAUUGAAUCAGCGCAACUGCGAGUGGGAGGGCGACUUGCUCCGAGAGCGGGCCGAUCGUGUCCAAUGUGAUCCACUGCGGAAGCUUUACUACAUUUGGUCGAUCGUUUCGAAGGAACCGAGACUUCACAGAAAGUUCAAUACAUCUUGCAUCUUUGAGAUCGCUAUCCUCGCAACGGCACGCGAAGCUCAGCGCAGGGGUAUUGGAUAUCAAUUAACGGUACGUUCGCUGCAUUUGGCACGUGAUAUGGGAUUCCAGGUGGCUCGAAUGGAUUGUACCAGCGAGUACAGCUCCAGAUUAGCGCAACGUGCCGGGAUGGAGUGCAUGUGGUCCGUGCCGUACAAGCAUCUAGUGGACAGUACUAAAAAGCCGGUAGUACAGCCGGAAGUGCCUCACACCCAUAUUCGCGUACAUGCUAUCCAGCUACGAAAGGCUUAA